UUUAUCAAACACUUUCAGUGCAAUUUUUUUUCAAGAUGGAUUUUGAAAAUGAUGGAAAUUCUUCUUCUUCUUCGUCGUCUCAAGAGAUCGCCGGCGAUCGGGCGGCGGCGCCGGUGCUGCAGAAGCGGAGGACGGGGAGGAAGAAGUUCCGGGAGACGCGCCACCCGAUUUACAGAGGCGUGAGGCGGCGGAACGAGGACAAGUGGGUGUGCGAAGUUCGCGAGCCGAAUAAGAAGUCGAGAAUAUGGUUAGGAACCUUCGCGACACCGGAAAUGGCGGCUAGGGCUCACGACGUCGCCGCACUGGCGCUCCGCGGAGAAGCGGCGGCCUUGAACUUCCCCGGCGCCGCCGAGUCGAUCCCUCGCGCAGCCUCGUGCUCUCCGGCGGAUAUCCGAGCCGCCGCCCUUCUACUCGUCAAUUCUCCGCCGCCGCAUCCGCAGUUUCCUAGCGUGAACGCCGUCGACCGAGAUCGCGCCAAGGAGGCGGCUUCGAGCUCGAGAACUAUUGAUUUGCCGGGACUUGAUUUUUUCCGCAAUGCGUCGACGUUUUUGGAUGAAGAGGCGGUGUUCAACCUGCCGGCGUUACUGGACAACAUGGCCGAGGGCAUGCUUAUUACUCCGCCGGCGAUGAAGAAAGGGUUCAGUUGGGGCGAUGAAGGAGAUGGUAUUGAUCUUACACUCUGGAAACAUUAUUAGUGUUGAUCAAUAAGUCUUAUGUGAGACCGUCUCACCGCGAGACACGUUCACAAAUUACACAUCCCAGCAAGUUAUAGCUCUAGGGAGGACUGGUGUGGUAGUCUAUCAAUUUUAGCAUCAAAACAAUAGUCGUGAAUUAAAAAUGAUAUUAGUUAAACAUGUGGAUCAAAACUGUUAUUUUGUUAAUACUAGAUCAAAAUCAAUAUUUGCUCAAGAAGUAAUACACGUCUAAAGGUGUGUUAGUUUCAUAUUAGACUUACUCCUAAUUACUUAGUAACAAUCAUGUACUAGACAUAUAUAAACUUCUUGUUUCCAUCCCUAAUCCCUUAGCUUGUAAAACAUCAUUCUUCUAUAACUCGGAUGAUGUUUUAGGUUUGUA